UAUUUCGAGCAUAUUUGUUUUAAUUUGAAGAUGAAAUAUUUAAGUAUACUAUUAUGCAUUGUUUAUUUAAGUUAUAUUCAUUCUUACGUUUUUCCAACAGUUCCAAAAUGUAAGCUGACAGAUUCAGUUUGUUUGAAGACAUCAUUUCAAAAGGCUUUACCAUUCUUCCUGGAUGGGAUCCCAGAGUUAGGGAUAGAAAAAAUGGAUCCGUUACUCAUUGAAGAAAAGGAGUAUGAAAUUGGGGGGUUAAAGUUUCUUUUAAAGGACACAAAGAUGACUGGAAUGAAAACCCUUAUUUUCGAUAAAGUGAGCUUCGAUUUACAAAAUAAAAUUGUAAAUUAUAAGUACCACGUCGCUACAUCUUCUAUGAUUGGAAAAUAUGAAGCUGGUGGAAAGAUUCUUCUCCUACCGAUUCAAGGAAACGGUUUAUUCACGCUGGAGUUACGAAACGUCGAGGUCGACUCAAAAUUGCAUUUCGACAUCCUCAAAAAAGAUAAAAAAUCAUACUUGAUUCCUCAAAAACAUGACUUAAACUUUGAUGUGAAGGAUUAUGCACAUUAUAAUUUAACGAACUUGUUUAAUGGAAAUAAGAAGUUGAGUGAACCGGUUCUUCAAUUUGCAAAUGAAAACUGGAGACUGAUAUCAAACGAAAUCGGAAAGCCUGUGAUAGAUCAAACCGCGUUGCAGAUUAUAGACAAUAUUAAAAAGUUUUUCUCCAACUCUCCUUUGGAAGAUAUAACAAUUGAUUGAAUUGUUCACCGUGUACUGAUGUAUAAGUAUAGAUGUAAGUGUAUUAA